CAUUUGCAUCGUUUUCCUUAAACAUUAUUUAUUCUGUUUUCAGCUACAGAUUCUAUGUCAUAUUCAGAAGAAGACAUUACUCAGUGUCUAGGAAACAGACAACAAUUACUUCGCUAACCAUGACAGUAACGUAACGUUGUGAACGCUUUCAAGAAAAAGAACGUGAAGCUGACGCAAACGUUAACAGACACUAGCUUAGGUAAAGGAGAAUAUUGACUAUUCAACGUUUACAAAGACAUCUGCGUUAUGUUGCCGGGUUAGUGUUUUGCUACAUCCCGGCAGAAAGCUUAUCGUUAUCUACUCAACAAGGUUCCUAAAGCAGGGGGUCGUUCCAAUUUAAAUCUGUAUCUGUUCCUGGACGCUUGAGAUAUAUUCCCUGCUAGCCUGGAUAUCAAUAAAUUCAACUCCGACAUGAACUGGGACAACCAGCUGAGCUCUAUCCUGUCAGGAGCAGAUAGAAGCGUUGCAAAGAUGAGGGAGAGACUGACCUCACCAGGGAAAUUUGCCAAAGGAGGCAAAGAUUUUGUUCCAGUGAGGGAGAGGAUUCAUGAUUCAGAUUUGGGCUCUCCUGUUCUUCCUCCUCGUGCCCCCCUUCUCCGACAGCCUUCCCCAUCCCUCAGUCCAUCUGUUCAGUGGGCCGAUCUAGCUGCCAUCCAGUCGCAGCUCCAGAUACAGAGCCAGGCAAUUGAGUCUCUCACCAAGAAACUCUAUGACGUGGAAAGGGAGAGACAGUCUCAACAAUGUAACAUCCAGACACUACAAGAGGAGGUUUGCAGGCUGCGUGAGGAGCUGAGGGAGAGGGAAAGCGAGAGGGCAGAUUCGAGGAGGGGACAAAGUCCAGGAGCAGAGAGAAGGAUGGAGCAGUGGAGGAGAGAGGUUGGACGUGAGCUGAGCAGUCUGCGGGGACACAUCACCAGAGCCACGUCGCUAGGCAACCUGGAGGAGAGUUUCAGCUCAAAGCUCCGCAGAGAGGAGCUGGAACACCUGCGGAGAGAGGUGGACCAACUGAAAGCACAACUGAGGCGACAGGGGGAGGAUGUGUUCCUCCUGCAGACAGAGGCCAGAGAGACCAGGAGACAGUAUGAACACAGCUGCAAGACACUGGAGGAGCUGACAGACAGCUACAGAACUCACAGCACUGAUCUGGCAAAGACUGUCUCUCAGUAUUCUCACACACAGCAAGAGGUCCGCCAGAUCAGAACAACUGUGUCAGAGCUGAAGGAGGAGGUCAGGAGACUUCUUCUCAAAGAAUGUCAACCAACACCUUUGCAGUCAGCACACACAUCAGGGGCAUCUCUGCUCCCUGGCAGCCACAGUAGAGGGGCCAGAGUUGACGAGGCAGACUCUGACUCCGAAGACUUUAGCCCGACCCCGAGCCUAGCCGAGGUCAGCUCAGAUGAUCUGUCAUGGCUGGAAGACCCUGCUCAUCAUCAGAAGCCACGAGUGCGUCUGAGCGUUCAGUCCAGACGGAGCGACUUUGCUGGUUCGGGAUCAGAUUUGGAGGAAGAGGAUGACAAUGAAGGUGAUGGGGAUGAUCUCCUUGAUGAAGAAUUGAACCCAGAUUUUGGAUCUGCCCUAAGUCUUAAUGACCUCUGAUCUUUUUUUUUAAUAAGGUGGUCUCUGUAAUUCCCUUGGGGUGAUUUAGCAAAAUGAAGACUUUUCCUGAUCAGCACAGAUUUAGUUUCUCUUCUCUUACAGUUACAGAACUAUUCUCAAAAAAGCAGAACCUUUGAAAGUAGACACAGUCAGGAUAACAUAGGGCUUAUAUCCAUUGUAGACUCAAUAGAGAGGAAACAAAGGAUGGCAAACAGCAGACUUGGCAUGGCAACACAGGCACAUACAAAUAACAAGUAAUUAAGUUAUCCAACUUAAUUUUAUUACUGUUGCUUAGAUGUGUGAUGCAUACUUCAAGCCAGUGUGGAAACUUUCUUUUAGUGAGGGGAAUUCUCAAAUGCUAUUUUUAAACACGUUGUUUGUAAGAAUACCAGAAGUGUUAGGGAACUCGGGUCGGAUCAUGCACGACUUCUUUUGAAUUUGAUUUUCUAUUGGUUGUUUGAUUAUUCUGUAAACUGUCUGGUCCCGUGUGACACUCCCAGACUCCUGCUGCUGAGUAUUCUGGGUCAAACCACCGAAAGAGUCAGCAUUGUUUGCUCUCAGUCUGGUUAGUGAUAUCUGCUAGAUGCAGAGGACUGUGAUAGCCACAAAUCCUCUUUUAAAUAAGCCGCAGUAAUUGCCCCCACAUGCACACACUGGCUGGGUGCUGGGAACAAACUGAGGAGACAAGCAGCUGUUUAAGCAAGAUUCUUUGUGAGAGGUUCUCAAUCACAAUCAGUUUUCCUUACGGUGGAUAGCCUUGUGCCUGCACAAUGGCAUUUUUUGUAGAUCGCUUUAUUUUUUACUGUAACUUUGACUGAUUU